AUGUUUUCAGGAGUGAUUCAGGUUGAGCCAGCUGACGUCAGAAUAAUCAGUCCUACAGAAAAUCAGAUCAUCAGAUUCAGAAACCAGUCAGUCUUGUUUAACUGUACAAGUUCAAGUCGGGGAAAGUUUGACUGGCUCAGAAACAACAAUGUAAUUCCCAAUAUAACUCAAAAGGAUUCUUCUCACUGGUCAAGUUUUGAACUAAAAAGUUUCAGUCCACAAGAUGAAGGAGUGUAUAUGUGCAUCAAUGAUGCAGGGACAGAUUCAGUGAAAGUAUACCUUGCUUGUAUGUAAUACAUGUUUAAUUGUUUUGUUCAUUGUGAUUUACUUUUGAUGCAUUGGAGCAGGAGCUUAAUUGGGAUACUCAGGGACCAAACGACUGUUUUCUGUGAAAUAUCUAUAUCUUUCGAAAGACAAAUUGCCUAGAAAUCUCUAAAAGUUUAGAAAGGCUAAAAAUGUUUAGAUGACCGUUCCAGUCACUCAAUCAUUCCAUGUCACGUACGCUUAAUUCCAAAACUGCUUCACAUGCAAGCAAAAAUUGUCUAAGGAAGGACAAUUACAGAUCACAAAUAAGUAAAAAAUUGAAUCAUGUUUAACGAAAAAAGUCUUUACUCUACUGUCCGUUGACGUAAAGAAGGUGAAAAAUGUUAAAUCUUUUAAAAAGAAGUUCUAUACAAAUUUAAUCACUAAGCAAAGAGAGACAGGAAAUUUUGAACAACUUUUGAAUAGUUAAGCAGCCUUUCCAAGUAAAAUUUUCAUUUUAUUUUUAUUUGUCUUAGUUAAUAGUUUUUUAAUAGUUAAAAUUUUUAAAUAAGACUCUAGAUAGGUUGUAAAUACUAUUUUUGUUUGUUUUUUAAAUUGUCUAUUAGUGUUAAUUUUUAUCUCAGUUUUAUAUUGACAGUGUAAAAUUAUAUUAAUGUUUGAUUUUAUGCUUUGUGGAUCGAGAGCCACAAGUUCAUGAUCAGUUUUAUCAUAACUGUCACUGUUUACCCUCUUUAAAUAGAGGCGUUACCUUACCUUACUGCAUGUGCUUUCAACUUACAACUUAUACAUUGAAGGUGGUUCCUUCUAAGAAGUUUAAUUUACAAAUGGUAUUAUUUGAUGGAACCAAACCAACUGUGGACUUUCACACAUGCUAGACAUAUAUACCCCACUGAUGAAUGGUUACAACAUUGAGAUAUUUGUAGGCUAUUCCAGGCGCCAAUAUAGUAGUGAAGUAACCCAGUAUUAAAUGAUGCGAAAAACGAGCGGGUGCUGGGGAGAGUCUCUUUUUUUUCCCGCCAACGCCCCCUCCCCCAGAGAGAUAUUUGCAGUAGCAACAAUUGCUCAUAUUCUUUCAAUCGAUCGUUUAUCCUCAUUCAUUCAGUUGUUUGUUGAUCAUUCGGACAGCAAUACCCACAGUGAAGCAAACUGGAAAAGUAAAUAUCCCAUUUACUAAAGAUGAAGAUGCGAAGGUCGGGUGUGAAGCUCGGGGAUGGCCAAGACCAGAGAUCACGUGGUUAAGGGGCAACCGAAACAUAAGUGAUAUAAACCAGCAGUACCAUGAAUAUCUUGUGAAUCCAAUGCCACGACAGGAUGACAGGGUUGUUGCCUCGGAGUUAAUAAUACUUGGUAUCCAGAAAGAGGAUAGCGGAAUCUACACAUGUAAAGCAACAAAUGCACUCAAAGUUGUUACAAAGAAUAUAAUGGUCCCAUUUAGCGGUAGGUAAUCUAAGUACAUCGACCCCAUCCCUGUGCACAGCUAUCCAAAGUAUUUUCCCACAAGCAGACUGUAGUCAAACCUCUACUACUUCUCCCAGGGGCCCGUUUCUCGAAAGUCCCGACAAUUAACGGACCCGGUAAGCUGUCUCCGUUUACAUUAAAGAUCGAGGUUUCAAUAGUUUUGCAUCUAACACGAUAAAACUGUCAGUUAAUGAAACAAAACGCAGUAGUUUGCUUGCCAGGACCCGCGUUCUUGUUCUUUAUAUUUCGAUUUGAAUAUUUGAUUUCGGGUCCGUAAAUUUACUGGGACUUUCGAGAAACGGGCCCCAGAAUCCUUCUCGGGUUUGCUUUCUUGUGCAAAUUUAGGCUUUUGUCAUUGAAACCUCACUAGGAUUACCAAAUUUGAAUAUGGAAAAAAAAACGAAAAGGAUUCUGGUCGUAGGAGUAAAAUGACGCCAUCGUGCAAAUGGCCUAUACCUUGCUAAGAGUAUGCGACAAACUAUUAAGGGACGCCAUUGAACUACACAUAUCGUAAGAUGACUGAAAUGCUUGAUAUGGCUCUCCAUCAAAGAACGUCUUCAUUUUAAUAACGUAUUACUAACUUUCAAAUGCCUUAAAAAUUUGGCACCUCAAUUUAUGUGCAAAAUUAUAAAAAAAAUGCAGGUACACAGCCGUUCAACCAGAAACAGUACGGAUAUAACAGACGUCCUCAUCUUUUUUCUUUUUCUUGUUUUUUAAUGUAUAGACCCAGGAGGCUUUAAACCCACAGUGACUGCAGAGAAAGGACAAUAUACUGUGGAAGUUGGCAAAGAUGUAUCCCUUUCUUGUCUUGGUGAUCAAGUAAAGCGCGAUCCAUUUACUUGGAUUUAUUGGGAAUUCAAUGCGACAAAGAUUAAUACUUCAACUCACCACUACAAUGAUUCCAAAAAAUAUUCCAACCCAAAUGAUGGAACUACACCUAAAGUUCAUAUGAAGCUUACAAUCUUCAACGCUGAUCAUUCGGAUGAAGGAAACUACACCUGUGUUGUUUUUUCAUACCAGACACGUUAUAGUGAUGGAAUUUCACUUCAGGUCAGAGCUAAAAAAGGUAUGAAGAAGAUAGGUACAACAACUUAUAAUCUCUCCUUUGGCCUGCCGCUCACGCGUGACUUCUCGCGACCCUCCUCCCCAAACAGACAGCUUCCUCGCAGGCUAAUCGUCCUGGGACCAGUUGCACAUAUUUCAGCAUCGGACGUGGCGAAUAACGACUCUCUUUUUAGUCUAGUUAAACUCAUAAUUUUAACAACCAGGGCUGAGUUGCUCAAAGCAUGGUUAGCUUUAACCAUUGGUUAAGCAGUAUCAAAACCAAUACGUUGUCAAGGUAUUAAACGCUGGUUAACGCUAACCAUGCUUCGAGCAACUGGGCCCAGAUCGUUAUGUUCUAUGCUGCUGACCCCUAGAGCCUCCAUCUCUCUCCUGAGGAACUGGGUCAAAGCGUAUUGCAGGCUAUUUAUUGAUUCACGCUUCCGCGCUAUAAAGCUCUAAGCCAAUGAAAGAAGAGAAGGAUUUCCGACUGAAGAAGAUCAUUGGCGGUUGGCGAAGAAUCAAGUGAAGACAGUUAAACCCAUUCUUCGGAUAGCUGUUAAUUUUUUUCAUCCGAGACAUUAGAAUCUUGCGAAAAAAGUAAUUCCAGUAUCUGAAAAUAGGCCGUGAGUCUAACACGCUGUGAUGCUUAUUUGACCGUAGAUUGAGGUUCCCAGUUGAUGGGCUUUUUUGUAUUAUUUAUUGAUUUAUUUCUCUUCUUAACAAGGGGUAGGCGGGUAGAGGAAAAUGUUAUUAUUGUCUUGUGCACUGCUUUUAUUAAGUUUAUAGACGUGUUUGGAGACACAAGGCUAAGAAUGAGUGAAUUUGCAGUAGGCGACUUUUAAACCCGUGAUGACACAGUCUUUUCCCAUCCGUAGGCACUUGGCCCUGGUUUGGUUAUAGGAGUGGCGCUGAGGGUUUGAAACCCCUAUUUAUAACCCAACCCUUCUAAGACAAAAGAGUAUACUAAAAUACCUAUACCCUGCAUGGGACAAUAACCCCUGUUUUAGAACUUUGUUUAGUAGAGAGGGCAAAAGAAACGCUAUGUUGCUACUUUGUGAAACAUUGAGACCCUGGUAAUGACGGUCUUGCACCUAAAACUGGAUACGAAAUUCAUACCCUGCCCAGCGGCAUCUUGUUUAGGCCAAAAAAGGAAUCCAUGAUCAUGUAUUACAUAUUUCUAGAAGGCUGGAAGAUUUGCUUUUUAUCAGUCAUAAUUUCGUGUUUUCCAUGCUUCCCGUUGCCAUUUCUUCCCUUGAAAUUAAGAGCUGCCAUUUUGUUCCCGCACUAUUAACAGAAAUUACACGCCAACGGUACUGCUUUAUCGCGAGCGACCUGCUCAUCGUUAGACCUUAUUCAUAUGCUAUUUUGCGUCUUACAAAUAAUAAAUUAUUUAAUUAAUUAAUUAAUCAAUUAAUUAUUAUUUUUAUUAAUAAUUAAUUAAAUUAUUAUUAUUAAUUAUUAAAUUAUCAUUACGAUAUGCCCACGUCACUAGUCAAACCAAUCAUUGGUUUGUGUUUGUCGUAUAGAUUUGACGGAUAGGUUUUAGUCGUGUCGUAGACUCAGUCUAAGCGCAUUGCAUGCGAAAAAGUUAUGACUUAAGUAUUGUGUUGAUAUAGUAUUGCGUUUCAUUCACAGGAAACGGUGGAGGAAACGGUGAAGGAUUGGAAGCCUGGCUGAUAGGUGUUCUUGCUGUUGUGGCGUUUCUUUUGAUUUUAUUACUGAUACUCGUCAUUGUAAAGAGGCGGCGAAAAAUACGAGAAAAGAGAUUGGCCAGACUUGCUCAGAAAUGUGAGUGAUUUAAUAACUUAAUUCAUACUAGCCUGUUCCAGGCGUUCAGAUAGUGGGGAGCGGUGCGAAGUAAAAAGGAGCGCGAAAAAAUAAAAGCGAGGGAGGGGGAGAGGUGAGCACCUCUCUCCCCAGUCACCCUCUACUUUUCAUCGCUUUCUUUACUUCGCACCGCUCUCCACUAUCUAAACGCUUGGAACAGGCUAAAUUCAUACAUCCUCGGAGACUUAGGCGUAGCUAGUCGAGACGACGGGAUUAUCGCUGAACGAGAGGCCUUGUUAACUUUCGCCCAUGAGAAUCCUGUCGUUCUUUUUUAAAAUCCCGUUGUUUCUACUAACUGCCCUGGGCCUCCAAGAAUACAAUUAAUCUAAAUAAACAAUGAAAGUGCAUUGUUGCAUUGUUGUAACUUGCACAGUUACAUUGUUUGGCAAACUGAUAAAUCACGCAAGUUGGGUUAACGUCGAAGGGGACAGUUGAGCAAGAAGGCUACAAAGCAGAUCUGAGACUCUUGAUUCGAAACUGAGCUCAGUGUAGCACCAACCAUUUGAGCCCUUCCUUUGCUCCUCCUACAGAAGAAAUUUGGGUACAAUCGAAGUUUUCAUUAAUGACUGAUGGAAACUCUAGUAAGCAGACAAUUCUUACGUUCUCCUUGACAAAACUCCGUUUGAACUCCAAUACAAACUUUGUUUUCAACUGCACUUUCCUGUGAGCGGCUGUGCGCGGAGACUCGGCUCAAGGAUAUGAUCUAGCCUCACAUGCACAGCCUUCCAUCUUCUUCAACACUUUAAGCCCCAAUAUCAACAUACAAAUUCUCCAAACUAAACACAAUACAUUUAUUUAAGAAUUAGUUUAGAGAAUUUGAUAAAAGAUCAAGGUAUUUUCUCUUUGGUGAUCAUUUUAUUAAUUCUUGCAACCAAAUCUCUUGACAAUCUAUGGAUAUCCUCAGGAGAAAAUUGAUGUUGAUCACUAUUGGGACUGAAAGGGUUAAGGCUUUGUUCACACUAUAUCGGAUAGCCUUUCUUACCGACACUAAAAGUUAUCUUGUAUCGUGUGAACAGCAGUCGCACAGAACUGGAAAAAGUUAAUCACACACAUCGAACAUCGCGCCGGAGAAGUUGGCCGAGAGGGUUUGGUGAACCAAUUCCUAGUCCUGACUCCUAAAUAUUUACUUCCGUCUCAGUGGGUUCCAGUCCUCCUUCCUAGUUAUUCACUUCCGCAAAGGUGCGAUUUCCUGUUCACAUUGUAGCAAGGUGUGGUACGGAACCUAUUCGAUAAUGUGACGCAGUUUCGUUUCGGUACAGAAAUCGCGCCGAAAUCAUUGUUCGUGUGUGUGAACAAAGCCCUUUUCUGGUAUGGUUUUCAUGUCGGUGCAAAAGCUUUCUGGUGUAUGGUGAACAUAGCCUUAUAAACCUUGCCUCGUUUAGUCGUGAUCAGUAUCUCAUUGGAAUAAAGAAAUCGAACUGUAUUGGGGUAUUUUUCCUCACUAUUACUAGUAACCUGAGAUCAGGCCCAAUUUAGCAGCUUCCAUACUUUCUCUCUUACGUAGUCGCGCUAAAAUUGAGCUCGAUACAAAAUCUCUCACGCCUUUGCUGCUGCCGCCAGAUUUUGGUUGCAAGGCUGAUUGGUCGUAAGAACAAUGCUAGACGAUCAGAUACCCUGUUGGAAUCACCGGAAGUUGAAAGCACUAAAAUGCUUUCUCUCUUUCUCGGUGAUCCGCCGUGAUCAGAGAAGAAGAGAAUUUUUCUUUAUCUUUUGGAAGGUUUGCGGUUUCUGGAAAUGAAACUUAACUUAACGACUGCUUUUUUGGAUUCGUUUUGAAAGUUACGAAUUGAUGUGAAUGGACUGAAUGGAUUGCGGAUAGGUUUGAAGGGUUUCGAGUAGAAUUUGUUUGAAGAAAAAACCGUACCUAAAGCUUUCCAGAAAAAGGGAAUAUACCUAGCAAAUUAAGGGUACAAGUAACAGAACCGUCAAUAUUUCAACUGGCUUCAUGGGGCAAUGAUUUGAGUAAGGCUGCAUUCAUUAUGCAGGGGAAGGGGGGUUGGGGAUUCGUCAGCGAAUUUUAAACUGGUGACACUUUUUUCAAGUUGUGUAAUACUAUGUGAGCCAUCAAGCACUUUAUGACAUUCCAAUGAUGAAAGUCCUGUAAAGAGCCUAUUUAUAAUGCAAAUAAGCUAGGAUGGUCAAGGAUGGUCUUUUUUUAAAAAAAAUCCACAAAAUAAUGCUUCCUUUUUAAGUAAGUGGAGAAAAAACAACCCCUCCUCCCCCCCUUCGUCUGUCAAAAAUUUUGGUAAACCCUCCUUGUCCCUUUCCAAAAACUUUGAGAUCCCCCCCCCAAAAAAAAAUCCUGUUUUGUUUCUUAUUUUGGUAUACUUUAAUAGGCUUUUUUAAAUCUUGAUAGUCUUGAUAUUAUUUAUAUUGUACAUUCUCGGUGUCAUUUGCUUCAAAGACACUCAAGAUACUGUACCAUACAUACGGUUACCCGUAAGCUUAUAUUUUUUUUAUGUAGGACAAAAUGUUGAGCUUACCAAGGACCUUAAAAGUCAGUCUGUUUAUGCUUUAAGAUUUUUCAGUUGACGAUUAAUGUCAGUUCUAAAGCAUUGAACAAAUGUACCACAAUUUGCUGCGAAGAAAAUAAACUUAAAAUAGAUUGUGAAACUGAUGUGAGGUUCCGUAAUCGUCUUGGAAAUCUUGAAUAAAGUCCUCGGCGAUGUCCACCAAAAUCGGACAUUCAGGACAGUUUUAUGAGCAUUUGAAACAGAAGAAUCCACGGUAUCAUUUGCUUCGCCAAGAUUCAGACUGGUUAUAAACAAAAAAAAUAGUGCCUCGUUUACUAACUAAUGUUUAACAAAGUCUUUUUUAUUAUGACGAUUCCUAUGAUGAUAACGUAUACAUGGCGAUAACAUAAACCUUUCGUUUCGCCUUUCCCGACAGAAAUUUCAUUCGUGAAGCAAAAUGAAAAUAGAGCCUUAACUCAGGUUACACUAUUAGCUAUUACGUUUCUGUAUAUAGCUAGUAGAGAUCAGUCUUAGUCACUUACUUUUUUCUUCUUCCCGUGGGUGGUAACCGCUGACAGGAGUUUAAACCGUUCUUUAUGUUAUUUUAACAGAUGGGCAAGACACUAACUAUCAUACUUUCGAAAAAGACGUGUUUAUCUCAUACAGUUCCAAAGACUACGAUUGGGUACAGGAGUUUCUCCUACCAGUGUUUAAUAACAACAACGUCAACUAUACCAUCCAUUCGCGAGAUUUUAAACCAGGCAAAGCAUUUCUUGACAACAUGGCUGAUAGCGUGUACACAAGUCGAAAAGUGAUUCUUGUCAUGUCCGCAAACUACCUUUCCAGUGGUUUCUGUAAGGACGAAAUGCAUAUGGCGCUGUACAGAUCAGCAGAACUUGAUGAUGCGUCACUGAUUCUGGUCAAGAUCGACAACACCAAAAUCAAAGACAUACCAAAGAGUCUUCGACACAAGACUUUCAUUGACUUCACCAGUAGAGAGGAAGUGGCCACGUGGCAGAACAGGAUUCUUGAAAGCGUUGUCUCUGAAGACAGGUCAGCUUUGAGUGGGACUCGCAAUGAAUACACAGAUGGUACAGGGUCCUCUGAUAAGCUUCAGCUCAUUUUUAAAUUUUUUAGCUUAAAAAAGAAGAAGAAAAAGAACACUCCUGAGGAACUUACAGAUCAGGCAUAAGGAUUUCAGUGUCUGUUCUUAAUUAUAACUUUUUCAGUGACGUUGGCUGGAGUUGGCUUGAUUCUUAGUUUUUUGCAAUCAGUGCGAUAAAUGAACUUUAAGCUCACGGCCGCGCAUGCCUUUUUCUCUAAUAUUAUUUUAAGGAGCAGUUUUUUUGCUAUGAGGAUUGAAGGCUGCCUUCACUAAUAGGAUUAUUUUUCACACCUAUGGGUUGCAGCCAAGUCACCAAGCUCUGCUCUGGACUUGUGUCUUUCCGGCUGUAUCAGUUCCGCUCUUAAGUUUCCGUUUUAUUUCCCUUUUCUUGGCGGACCCUCCUCCCGGGUCCAGAAAAACAUGGAAUAACCUUUUAAGUCAUACUUCUAACGUUAAAAAAAUUUUACAUUACUGAAUUCCGCCA